UCAAUUGUCAAAAAUUGUUAGCGCAUAAAAGUUUACAAAAAUGGAAAGAAAACAAACUUAUCUGGUUGCAAUCACCAUCUUAGAAGGCCGUCAUUAUAUUUGGAAUAAUAUGAACUCGGCUGUUAUGGUAAGGGUUGGAAAGCAGAAAAAAUCAACUGCUGUUAAAAAAGAUAGCGAUUGUCCAUAUUAUAAUGAGUACUUUGUCUUCGAUCUGGAAACUACGGCAGAAAAGUUGCUUGAAAAAAAUAUCGUCUUGACGGUUAUUCAACCCCGGACAUUCUGUAGAAGGCGAAAGAUUUUAGGUUGCGUGAAAUUGGAUAUUGCAACUGUGGUUAAUCAAAAAAAUUCACAAUUUUAUCAUAAGUGGGCUGUGUUAGCAUCUCCCAAAGUGGAUGGUGCCACUGGUCCCACAGGAUAUUUGAAAAUUGACAUUGCUGUUUUAUCACGAGGCCAAACACCCAAAUUACCUUUGCAUAUCAUUAAUGAUGAAAUUGAGGGAAAUCUUCUUACGCCAAUUGGAUUUGUGAGCGAAAGACAGAGGGCAAAAUUUCAAUUUGACGUGUAUCGCUGCGAACACUUACAAACCAAAGUAACUCAGUUAAUCGACUUUCCUACUAAACAAAGCAAUGCCAGUGGAGAUACAGCCAAAUUCUCGAUAUAUGUCAAAAUUACCUUUGCAGGGUUUUCGGUUGCUACAAACGUCAAAAAACAUUCUUUGGACCCAUUCUUUAAUGAAAAACUAAGCAUUACGGAUUUAUUUCCCCCCUUGUGUCAAAGAAUUAAAAUUGAAAUGAUCCAGUCCAAAAAUAUAAUAGCAACACACUACAUCAACUUAAAGCAUAUCUCAAAUGAUACAGUUGAAGGUUAUUUGCCCACUUUCGGACCUACUUACAUAUAUUUAUAUGCGAAACAUCCAUUAGAUAACUACGUUGGAACGCUUUUAUUGUCUAUGAAUACCGAACUUCAGGAAAAUCCAACCGCGGCAAGUGCAGCUCAAAAGGGUAAUGUUCAACACGGCUUGGCUCCUUUAGAUGAAGAAAAAGUAUUUACGUUUGAAGAAACUUUUCUCUUUGUGACUAUACUUGACGCAAGUAGCAUAUUAAAAAAAUAUCACGAUAAACUGAUAUCAUUUAGAUUAACAUUUGGGCAUAUUAUGACAGAAACAAAUAUUGAAGGAUCUAGCGUAGAUGGACUGCCAGCGAAUGUCACUGUAGGACAAAAACCACAGAAGAGCGGAAAAAACUUUUUCUUCCUUGACUUUGCCGAAGAAAAACCGUGUUUGAGAAUUAAAUCAAAAUGGCCUGACUUUAGAAAGCGGAUGUACCAUGCUAAUAUGUUGGAAAAAAUAUUCAAAACAAUGAAGAAUAAAUUGCAAGAUAUAGAACAGAUGUUUACAAAGCAUUCUCGAUCACUCUCUCAAACAAUAGAUGAGCUGUUAAGGGAUGCUGGAGAUUUUUUGUUCAGCAGUCUUACUAAGUAUGUCGAAAUAAUAGCAACAAGUUACGACGUUGAUUAUGGGACGCAGUUGGACAGAGAAAGAAAAAGAUUAUCCUUAAGUCUUGUAAAUUCAAUUCUUGACAAGAUUCCAGUGUUCCAAACAAACAAAUCUAAGAAAUGUAUCUACAGGCAUUUGGAGGAUUUUCAAAACAUGAUUGAAACCCUAAUAGAAGAUGCACAACCUUGUUGGCCAGAUAUUUUUCUUUGGAUGAUAAGCAACAAUAAGAAAGUUGCAUGUCUAAGAGUACCAGCCAGGAAAAUUGUAUAUUCACAAAUAGAGGAGGAAAAGGGUGAAUUUUGUGGGCAAGUUCGUCCAAUGUUGUUUAUAACAGAAGAAAAAAACGUAAUCAUUUGCAAAAUUGAUGUUAUGAUGUGGGUUGGACUGGAAAAACAAAAAGAUGAAUGUUUUAAAAAAAUUCCCAGUGGCUUUAAAUAUGAAGGAAGGCUGUUACUUGCUGAACAAAAAUAUUUAUUUGAAGGUCGAGCCUACAUAUUUGAAGGGGAAGUGGAACCAGGAUUCGAUGAGAGUGGAUUGGUGGAUUCCUUUAUUCAGGUUGCGUUUGGAAAAGAACAAAAAGAAACUCAAGUGAAGAAACAUGCUCUAGUUCCUGUGUGGAAUCAAACAUUGACUUUUUAUAAUAUAUAUUUAUAUGGAUCCAAGGAGCACAUAAAUCAAAAUCCGCCGAGUUUAUUAGUACAGAUGUAUGACGAGGACCCGAUGUAUACAGAAUUUGUUGGACGAGACCUAAUCACUCCCAAUAUAGUAUUUCUUAACAAUAAUGUAGUUGACAAUAAAGAGUCAACUUCUAAGAAAACAGUAUUGAAGUAUUAUAAUAUGUACAACCACGAUGAAGUUCUUGGAAAGAUUUUGGCAGCAUUUGAAAUAAAAGAGAUAUCCCAAGCCGCUAAAGCGCCAGAAGAUGAAAUAUUACCAGUGCCUUCUUACUUAAAACCAAUUGUCGAGUCGUACAAGGUAGAAAUUUUAUUUUGGGGUGUCAGACAAUUGAAAAAAGUUAAUAUGAUACGCAUAAACAGGCCACGGGUAACUUUUUUUUGUGGAAAUAAAUCCAUUGACUCAACAGUUAUCGAAAAUGCAAAGAAAUGUUCUAAUUUCACAAAUAACGUUUGUUCGAUUAUCAUCAAUAUGCCUUGUCAAGAAAAAUAUCCUGACGCUUUUCAAUUUAAACUAUUUGAUAGCAGGCGAUUUGGCGUUUAUGUUUUUGCGGGAAUCAGUAUAAGCGACACUACACCAUUUCUUUUUACGCCAAUGACUGUAGACGAAAGAAACAAUUUACUGAAUACUAUACAGUAUCAGUCUGAUAGUUUUCUGAUGAAUAGUAUCACAAGUUCGGAAAUAUUUGUUGAUAACUGGGAUAAAGCCCUUAUAAAAAAAGAUGAACCAUUACCUCAAGAAUCAUCAAGAACAAAGUGUUGGUCCAAAUUUGUAAACAUAAUUCGGAAAAUUUACUCGUUUAGAAAGUUUACCAGAUCAACAAAAAGUGAUUAUACAAUUCUUUCUAUAGAUGAUCAAGAAGAAGAUGAAGCUGAUUUUGAUUGGUGGACUAAAUUUUACGCCUCUAUAGAUGAAGUAGAUUCCAAUUUAAAAAAGAACCAGAUUCCUCCAUCACAUCGACGUAAGCUUAAGGUGUUUCCUAAUGAACUGGAGAACCAAGCUGAAUUUGAGGGAUUUUCCGAUAUUCUUACUUCAUUUGAGAUAUUUAAGGGAAAGAGAACCGGCGAUGAAAUCUUAGAUGAGCAGCUAACGACUGCUGUCUUGAAGGGUUCUGUAAAAAUUUAUAAAUGGCCACCAGAGGACGGAGAUGAAAAUAAUUAUGUCACUCCAAAUGGUUCACUGGUUAAAAAUGGUUUAUUUAAUGAGGCUCCAGCAAAUACCCCUAUGCAAUAUGUUCUGAGGGUUUAUUGCAUUAGAGGAUUAAACUUAAGACCAAAAGAUUUAAAUGGAAAAUCUGAUGCAUAUAUUCAAGUAAAGUUAGGGCACAGAGUUAUAAGCGAUAGAGAUAAUUAUAUACCAAAGGAGGUAAACCCAAUAUUUGGAAGAUGUUUUGAAUUUCAAGCCUCAUUUCCAGAAGACACUUUUGUUAUAAUAGGUAUUUAUGACUAUGAUAUGACCUCAAAAGACGAUUUAAUAGGAGAGACUAAAAUUGACUUGGAAAAUCGUUAUUUUACCAAACAUCGAAGCAGGUGUGGAAUAGCAGAAUCCUAUUUUACCUCAGGAUACUGUAAGUGGCGGGACCAGAAGAAGCCCACGGAUAUCUUAAAAAAUGUAUGUAAAAAUUGGGGAUUAAAAGCUCCAGAAUAUAAAGAUCUUUCAGUUUGCAUUAAUUCAAAAGAGUUUUUUGCAACUGAUUUUACACCAAGCGAAGACAAAGAGUUCGAUAAAGAAGUUUUGGCUUUAGAAGUUUUAAAAAGAUGGCAUGAAAUGCCUGUGGUUGGAUUCAAACUAGUUCCUGAACAUGUUGAAACCCGAUCUUUAUUUGCACCGGAUAAGCCUGGAAUUGAACAGGGCAAACUACAACUUUGGAUAGACAUCUUUCAACGACUAGAUAUACCAGUACCUGAAAAAGUAGAUAUUAAACCACGGAAACCUAUAGCAUAUGAACUUAGGGUGAUCAUAUGGAAUACAGAAGAAAUUAGUUUAAAGGAGGAUGACUUCUACACUGGUGAAAAAAAAUCGGAUAUUUAUGUUAAAGGCUUUUUAGAUGAGGCUUGCAAUUCGCAAUAUACGGACGUACACUACAGAUCGUUAACUGGCGAAGGAAACUUCAACUGGCGUUUUGUUUUUAAAUUUAAUUAUUUAUCAUCGGAAAACAAAUUAGUAAUAAAGAAAAAAGAAUCUGUAUUUUCUCAAGAUGAAAGUGAAACUAAACUACCUUGUGUCUUGAAUCUGACUGUGUGGGACAAUGAUACGUUCUCAAUUGACGAUUUUAUAGGUUCGAUAGCUCUAGAGCUCGCUAGGAUGCCACGCGGAGCGCGCUCUGCUAACAAGUGUAACUUGUCCAUUAUGGAGCCCACCGCCAAAAAAAUUAAUUUAUUUAAAAUCAGAAGAACUAAAGGAUGGUGGCCUUUUAAAGCAACUCAUACCGCUACCGGAGAGCAAGUUAUCAUGGGGAAGCUUGAAGCUGAAUUUGAGAUACUGACAAAAGACGAGGCAGAAUUAAAUCCUGUUGGGAUCGGUAGACAGGGUCCAGAGGCCUUACCACCUCCAAAGCAUGGUGACCGAGCUCAAAUACGUCAUUUAUCAAUUGACAAAAAAAAACAAAAGAAUGCAAAAUUUGAUGAAGAAGACCCCAUAAUGUAUACAUGCCAAUUGCGAAAUCCUAUACAAAGAUGCUGUAGAAACCCGAUUCGAGGUUCCAAGUGCAUUCAGUGUAAACACAAAUUCUCUAAAGACUGGAAAAUUUUUCUAAUUUUACUUAUUCUUAUAUUUGUCGUUUUUAUAAUAAUAUUAGUUUUGUAUCUUGAAGGUUAUAUUCCAUACAGUCCAGAAUGUAGUAUUAGGGUCAAGAAAAGGGAAUCUUACAACAAAGGCUUUGAUCCUAAAAAACUUAAAAAACUAGAAGACGGAUAUAAUUAUCUUAUAUAAUUAUUUAUUAACUUUAUUUAUUGUUGAAGUACAUGUAAGUUAAAUGUUACUUAAAAAAAAAUAAAAAAAUCAAAUAAUCAUCAAAAUAAAUUUAAAUAAAGAUAUUAAAA